AAGGACAAUAAUUAAUAAACUGUAUUAACGGUAUUAACUGAUUAAUUGUUAAUAAUUAUUAUAAAUAAAAUUACUUAUUUCUAAUAAUAACAAGGUAUAGACUGUCUUUUUAUAUAUUUUGAAGUUUUACUCAAUAAAAGUUUUCCUUCUAAACAAAUUUGACAAAAUAUCAAAAUAAUCACUACUUUCUGUCAACAAUAUUGUACUUAUUUAAUUUUUAAAAAUGUCUCCAAGAAUAGCGUACUUAACAAGAAAGGAACACAUAUCCUCGGCUCACAGGUUACACAGUCCUGAACUGAGUGACGAAGAAAAUAAAAAAAUAUACGGAAAGUGUAACAAUUUUUGGGGCCAUGGACAUAAUUACAUUGUCGAAGUUACCGUAAAAGGACCAGUUGAUCCAAUUACCGGAAUGGUAAUGAAUAUUACCGACUUAUCACGUUACAUGAACGAUGUUUUAAUGACCAGAUUGGAUCAUAAAAAUCUCGACAAAGAUGUACCGUAUUUUGAAAAAAAAGUAUCAACCUCCGAAAAUGUGGCAAUUUACAUUUUUGAUGAAUUGAAAAAAUUACUUCCAAAACCGGAAUUAAUGUACGAAGUUAAACUUUAUGAGACUGAUAAAAAUAUUGUUAUCUACAGAGGAGAAUGAAUUAUUUAUUAAUAUUUUCUUUCACCGAAUUCUUAUAUGAAUAUUAUCAAAAUGUAAUUAGAUUUUUUCUCUAAUUACUUAUUUUUUUCAUG